GUGCAAGCUGAGCACACAGCGUCCUCGCUUUUCAACAGGGAGUGAACCAACUCCAACUUUCUCUGGGCAGCCGGUGUUCAGCACUUUGAGGAGGACAGAGAGCGAAUACGUGGAGCAAAGAGUUUGAUUCCAGAGGAGAUGAUGAGCAGGGGGACAUUAAUGUUAGGAUGUGUUAAUAUGAAAAUUUCUGGGCACGUUUCAAGAGUCAUCAGAUUUCUGUGCAUGUACUCAGCGGCAAGUCUUUCUACUCUAUGAGGCAGCAGCGGAUGCGGUACUAUUUUUAGAAACAAUGUUGCGGUAGAGGAAUCAAUCAAAUUGAGGCUAAAACAGUGUAUUCAUGACAAUCUGCUGCUUUUAGUGGUGCAGUCCUCUGAGAUUUCUAUCUGCGCUUGCAGGGUCAUGGGAUAGGACAUUGCAUUUCUAUCUAUCUUGUCUCAGCUGAUGCCAAAUGAUGCCUUUUCCUCUCAUGCUCUCCAGGAAAGCACACCAGUGGACUGCAAACUUUUGCACUAUGGAAUCCAGCACACUUUAUGGCAACAGUGGCUGCAAUGCUUUUGGGACCUCAUGUAGUUUUGUAUCUUUUCAGAGUCUUAGAAUUUCUAAAGAACACUACAGUUUGGGAUGUGAAUGAGAAUUAUUGAAUGAUAAAGAACUAAGGAGCCUGAAAAUUGGGUGGCGCACACUGUUUUCACAUCCUCUUUACUUCUAUCAAGUGUGAGCACAUUUUGCUCUUAUGGGAAUUAAGCACUCAUCCCGCUGUAUGCUCCUCAGGAGAAAAAUGGCGGAGUCUGAGAGCAGUGAGCAACCACACUCACAGUCACAGCCAAUCCGCAUAAUUCCAUCCCAGUCGGCACAGCCCACCGUGUUGCCCAAGCCUGUGCCUUCCAUCCAGCACGCCCCACGACCUCCUCUCCCGCCACACACGCCCCAUGCUGCCAGCCUCCCUAGCUGUCCUGGGCGGGGCAAGAUGGCCAAGUUCCUUAGCCCAGAGGAGAUGACCUCACGAGACUACUACUUUGACUCUUAUGCCCACUUUGGUAUACAUGAGGAGAUGCUGAAGGACGAAGUAAGGACGCUCACGUACAGGAACUCCAUGUACCACAACAAGCACGUCUUCAAGGACAAAAUAGUGUUGGAUGUUGGAAGCGGGACUGGGAUCCUGUCCAUGUUCGCAGCCAAAGCAGGGGCAAAGCACGUGUAUGGGAUUGAAUGUUCCAGUAUAUCUGAGUACUCAGAGAGGAUCAUCAAGUCCAACCAUCUCGACAGUGUGAUCACCAUCUUUAAAGGCAAGGUGGAGGAAGUGGAGCUUCCUGUUGAGAAGGUUGACAUCAUAAUAUCUGAGUGGAUGGGCUACUGCCUCUUCUAUGAAUCCAUGCUCAACACCGUCAUCUUUGCCAGGGACAAGUGGCUGAAACCUGGUGGAUUAAUGUUUCCUGACCGUGCCUCUCUGUAUGUGGUGGCCAUAGAAGACAGGCAGUACAAAGACUUCAAAGUACAUUGGUGGGAGAACGUGUAUGGCUUUGACAUGACCUGUAUCCGAAAUGUGGCCAUGAAGGAACCAUUAGUGGACGUAGUGGACCCCAAACAGGUGGUGACCAACUCCUGCCUCGUCAAGGAGGUGGACAUCUACACAGUGAAGGCUGAGGACCUCUCAUUUACCUCAGCGUUCUGCCUGCAGAUCCAGAGGAACGACUACAUCCAUGCACUAGUCACCUACUUCCACAUUGAGUUCACUAAGUGUCACAAGAAGACUGGUUUCUCCACUGCACCAGAUGCUCCAUACACCCACUGGAAGCAGACAGUGUUUUACCUGGAGGACUAUUUGACGGUGCGGAGAGGAGAGGAGAUCACCGGCAGCAUUGCUAUGAAGCCCAAUGAGAAAAACAUUCGUGACUUGGACUUUACCUUCGAGCUGGACUUCAAGGGACAGCUGUGUGAAGCGGCUAUAGCCCAUGACUACAAGAUGCGUUAAGCUCGACUGGGAGACCUUGAUGCCCCACUGAGUACAACCCCUGAACACCAGGGGGAGACAGAGACACUCCCGUUACCACAGACAGACACAUUGUGUGACGUAAGAGGGGCAUAAAAUAAGAGAAAACACCAGGUCAAAGACCAGGAAGAAGUGUCCCCGUUGACAAUAACACUACUGUCACUGCAGUGUAUGAUGAAGGCAGGAAGUUACUGAUGCUGACUGUUAAACUAUUCUGAAUGUAAAACUGAUAAAAGGCCAGGAAUAUGUUCUAGUCUUGAUGAAUAUUAUUGAUUAUUGAUGUGCGUAUAUGUGAGAUGGAGUGAUGUACCUUCUUCAGUACUUGUUUACCACAAUAACCUGGACCUUAUGGAGUGAUAGUUUUUGAAUUACACUAGAGCUCAUCUACUGAAUUAAUGUAUUGUCCAUAUUCUGCUAUGUAGGCAAUACAUUUUAGGUGUAAUUCUUAUGUUAUAAUAUGUACUGUGGGGAAUGAUUAUCAACACUUUAAUUUAUAGUUGUAUCAAUUUAGUAAUGUUGGAAAACUAACAGCUGAGGACAAACCUGCGUAGGUACAUACAGUAUGUGUAAUGUGAAAGGUAACACGUGUUUGCAUAGUCAGUGCACUAGUAGCUUCCUGUGAGUGUGUAAUAGAAGGUGUCAAAGCUCACACUGUUGCACAGCUUGGACUCCAGAUGUGCCCUGUGUUGUCAGUUUGAGCUGUGAUGUUGACAUGCCAAUAACAUACCUUCCCCAUCCUAAAUGCCUUGACCGAAGUGUACCUAGUUCUUUUCCUCACUGCUGCAUUAAGCUUUUUUCUAUAGUUUCAUAUAUAAAUGCUAGCCAUUCUCCAUUUAUUGGUUUGAGAUUAGAUAUUACUUAGAACACAUACUCAAGCCAUGAAGCUUUUUUAGUCUACAUCUGGACAGGAUACAUGUUAAGCAAUCUAACCCCACAUAUCUUAUUGAAUCCUAGCAACUAGCUCUGAUCUCAGAUAACAAACAAGCAUUUCUAAGAGGAGCCAAUGAAAUAAUGAUAGUGCUUGACGACCUGCAGUAUUACUGUACCAGUAUCUUGGUUUGAACCUAAUGAGAUUGAGAAUAAUGUUUCUUGUAGCAUGCAUACAAGUUAGAGUUUACAGACUGUAUCUCAGUAGGACACACUGCAGUGUAUUAAAGCUGAUGAAAAGAAUCUUUCCACUUCAGCCCGUGCUCUUACUAAGGUCAUUGCCAAGAUAUCCACUGAAGGGUUUUCUUCAGAUCUGGGCAAAGAUUACCCUACAAUAUUUAAAACUUCACAUUGAUAUUCCUAGCAGCCUCAAACAUCAACUAAGGAAAACAAUACUAAAGUGUUUUCUUUGAAACCAUUUGGUGAUACAUUAUAUUUCCCAGAUGUAAUUGUGUGUUCUAUGAUACUGCGGUGUCCAGAGACAGCCAAGAACCACCCUCUAUUCUCCUGUCUUAUGUGUCGUGCAGAGGCCCUCAGGGCUGUAACCAAAAUGUACAGUAUGAGCACUUGGGAGCAAUGGAGGAAGCUAGAUCAUUUAUAAAGCAUGCAACCAAUGCUAGUAACAAUCAACAAAAAGUGUAGUAUCAAACUGCCUUCUCAGAGUACACAGUUUCUUUAAGCCUGCGUAUUUAACAGGGCGCUGGCUGGUACAAAUAAGCAAUACAAUGUUAUGAGCUACUAAAGCUUACAUUGAAUUAUACAUGAUAAGUCAUCCUACUUAUUUAGAAUAAUACUUGUAUUGGAAUCUGUCCACAGUUACACCCUUAAAGGUACUGGCUGCUCAAAUUAAACCUACUUUACCAUAUAGUUAUGUCAUAAAAAUUAUAUUGUAUGUUAUUUCCACAUGUAUUAUUAUCUUUUAAAAAAAUAUAUUGAACAUGUUGUUUCACAUAUUGUCAUGUCAACUUCAAAACUGAAUAAACAGAAAUGUCCAAACUCA